AUGGUACGCGCAGUGUGGAAGAAGCUACUGAGUGACGCCUCUAUCCAGAGGUCCUCCCAGAACCUGUCCGUUAUCGGCGGGAACGCAUAUAUAUAUGGUGGAGAGCUAAGGCCGAGAGAGCCUGUCGACUCAGCCAUCUACCGCAUUUCAACUGAUCGUGGAAAUGCAUCGACCACUACGAUAUCGGCCAUCACCGGGCUGCCGAAUACGCCCCAGCCACGGGUUGGAGCAACAUCCACUGCCCUCGGAGGAAAGAUCUAUAUCUUCUCAGGGCGCGGUGGAAUAGCAAUGGCACCGAUCGAGGAGGCCGGAUCUCUCUGGGUAUUCGACCCAGUAGCCAACGCUGAGCAGUGGUCACAACUGAAGCCUAGCGAUUCCAACGCACCAUACCCAGCAGGCCGCAGUUACCACGCAGUGACCAACAACGGCAAAGACACUAUCUUCAUACACGCCGGGUGUCCCGAGAAAGGCCGACUCCGCGAUCUCUGGGCCUUCAACAUUUCUACCAGAGCGUGGACUGAAUUACCGCAGGCGCCGGGCCCGGAGAGGGGAGGUCCUUCCAUCGCAUACCACGACGGAAAGCUCUACCGCAUGAACGGGUUCGAUGGGAAAACUGAGCAGGGAGGGGCACUGGAUGUUUUCGACCUUGCCGCCAAUGCAUGGAAUACUAUUACUUUCGCAGCUGAUGGAACUAACGGGCCAGCUGCGCGAAGUGUGAGCAGCCUGCUUUCUCUCCCGAUCGGCGGAAAACCGUCCCUUGUCACGAUGUUUGGCGAGCACGACCCGAGUAGCCUUGGCCAUCAGGGAGCAGGGAAGAUGCUUCCAGAUGUUUGGGUGUUUGAUAUCGAGUCCAAGACGUGGUCGAAGGUUGAGCUGGAUGGAGAAGUCCCGCCUCCGCGUGGGUGGUUCGAUGCAGAUGUAGCUGACGGAUCUCCAUCUGGUAUCGUUGUCCACGGUGGGCUUGCAGAGUCGAACGAGCGCCUGGGUGAUGUUUGGUUAUUGAAGUUUGAGUCAUCUUAG